CUGGAAGUAUUAAAUCGAAAGUGAAAGUAAACGAGACUUUCCGACCCUAUUUUAAUCGCGUAAACAAAUACGGAAGUAAAUACAUGUAGAUAUAGUUUGCAUUUGGCCACUAUAGACUAUGGUUGAUUUUGUGGGUCGUGUGAAGGAGAUAGAUAAUAUUACUGACAUCUUAUGCUCCCCUUCAUCUACAAAAAGUGCCGUCAUUUUGUAUGGAAUGAAAGCAGUAGGCAAAUCCUCGGUAGCUCGAGAAGUUUGCAAGAGUAUCGAGGAUUUGGAAGUACACUGGGUGGACUUAACACAUAUUGGAGAGGCAAUCAAAAUUCUUGAACCUUUAGUGAUCACGAUUCUAAACGAAAAUCAUCUAAUUAUCGAUGAAGAGAACGUCGAUGAUUUAUUUGAUGACUUGCUGGAAAGACUAUGUUGCAGACUUACAGGGCCCGAGAAAAAACACCUCAUUGUAUUUGACAAUAUGGAUGACGUAUUAGAAAGAAAAUUGUCAACGUACAUGACAAAGAUGAUUCAUACCCUUGCUUGUGUUGAUGGCGUACGAAUCUUGGCUACAUCAACGAUAAAACUUGAAAUCAAUCAUCCUUAUGUACUGGAAAUGGUACUAGAACCAUUAUCAAUCAAAGACUCUCAAAACCUGCUUCAUAAACUUUGCCCCUUCUUGAAACGGAAUGAAAUGUUUUACAAAGUAAUAGACCUGUGUGAAGGGUUACCACUUGUUCUUAAAAUGACAGCGAGUGAAAUUGAUGCAGGGGAGCUCACCGUGGAUGAAAUAGUGUGUUUACUGAGUCAGUGUCGACUGAAAUUUCUCAGCCAGGAGUUUUAUCCAAGUACAGACAGAUUAGGACCAGUGUAUCUCGCUUUUUUACGACGACUCUCAAAACCUCUGCAAGAUAAAUUGUCCAUGAUCAAUUAUAUCCCAGGUACCUUUGAUGAAAAGGAAGCUGUAGGAAUGAUGGGACGUGAAGACUCCUCCACUACUGGGCACCUGGAAGCAGCAAUAAAACAUCAUGUUAUUCACAAGUACGGAAUUCACAAAAGAUUGGACAUUCAUGGAAUUUUACGAGAUUGCAUAUCCGAGUUCAUGACAAUCAAGAACCUACCAUUGGUACGUACUAGAUUUUGUAAGGUAUUUUCUGAGAUCCUUCGGGAGUUGGAUGAAAAGUCUCGUACCUCUGACUACCAGGUGGCGCUCUGUCGAUUGAAUCAGGAGCAGCAGAACUUCAAUAAGCUGUUUAAAGAUGUCUUCCACUGCACUAGCGACACCUAUCACAUUUUUGUCAACAUUGCCUCCUAUCAAUAUAACAUGUCCACGUCAGCUUUUAUGUUUAAUUCACCUGAUUCAUAUGAAAUGGGGAUGGUUUUCUACGAAGAAUGUUUACGCCUAACUCGAAAACACGGGAAUGAUUAUGACACAUCAAAAGUACUUAAUGGUUUAGGACGUGUGGUGACAAAUAUAAAGGGAGACCACGUUCUUGGUGAGCGCCAUUACAGGGAAGCCUUACGUAUCAGACAGCGACAUCACAAACAACAGGACUACUUCCUGGCGUUCCUGUAUCAGAGCCUGGGUUGGAACCUAGGAUGCCAGGGGAAAACACUUGAUGCUAUAUUGUUCCUCGAGAAAGCCCUUAAGAUUGAACUGGAACUUGGGAUGUACACAGAAAAUCUAAUCUUGAAUACACUUCAGACGCUAGCUCUCUUUCAUCUGGAUUUAGAUCAUAUAGACGAUGGUGAAAAGUACCAAAUGGAAGCUUUUCGACGCAGACGACUGGCCAUAGGGACAGACAUGCACCCAAUCAUGGGUUCCAUGAUGAACAAUGUUGGUGAAAUGUAUGAAAAGAAGGGUGAUUUUGAAGAAGCAGAAAGCUAUUUUCGACGUGGACUAGAAAUAAAAACGCAUACGAACGCUGCAGUGAAAAGUAUAGUGUUAUCGGAAAUAAACUUGGCAAACCUACUGACGGAUACCGGACGGGCAGACGACGCCCUGGAUGUCCUGCAUUGUAGCAUGAAUCGGAUGGGAAAAUUCAGUGGUAUCUUUGAAGAUACACAAUCUCUUGUUCAUGAAAGUUUUGGUAGAGCAUUUAGGGAAAAAGGAAAAUAUAGAUUAGCCAUGAAAUCUUUUCGAGACGCCAUUGGCCGUCAUGGCGACAGUUGUGCACGUGAUUUCGGGGUAAUUGGUCUGCAGUGUCGAUUGGCGGAGAGCCUAACAUGUCUUCACAAAUACAAAGAAGUAAUAAAUGUAAUCAAAUAUUCUUUAAACCAGAAGGAUGCUGCAAUUAAGCACAAUCCGUCAUCAUUGGUAGUGCUUCGUUGUUACAAAAUCCUCAGAAACGCACAGAUUGAAUCCGACUGCAUCUGGGAUGCGCGAGAAUCAUACAAGAAAGGAUAUAUAGAAUUCAUACGCUUAAAAAACUUAUUUGAAAAUCUCGAUAACGAGAAUUGUCUUUUUAAACUUCAGACUGAAUGGGAUAUUGUACAAGCUAAUGAUGUUUUAGAGAAUGAUAUUGUUCAUGUACACUCUAUGUUCCUAUAGCCAUAAGAACUGGGGACAGAAACGACAAAUUUUCUGUCAAAUGCUAGGCAAAACUUGAACCAAGUUAAUUCCCAAUGGUUGAUCUUUUGCGUUUAAGCCACGAAUAAUGCAUGUAUGAAAACAAGCGUUUUUUUGCAAGUUCUAUAUGUUUCUUAUGUCGUUUUGAUGUCAUGAAUUACAUCAUUGCUCUUAGAGUGUUGCAAUUAAAACCAGGAAGACAUUUUCCAACAGCUAUUUGACAUUUUAACUGCAUGCACGCACGAUAAUCAUCAAUCUCCAUCGUGGAUUUCCCAUAUUUGUACAGCAAUAUUUCAAUAUCACUCGCAGAUGGUUUUUAUGCCUCUCAGCUGAUUCGAUACGCAAGAGCUUGUGCGUAUGACCAGUUUUUAAAUCGAGGCAGGCUACUGACAAAUAUAUUGAUGUUACAGGUAUUUGAACAGUCUCGUUUAAAGUCAGCCUUUCGCCAGUUCAAUGGCCGUACACUGUUGCUCGAGAACUAGCACUACGACCCUACUUUUUUCGUUUUGAUUUCAUAAUUCUCUGUCCAUGUAUAAAUCAAUGAUAUACUUCCAAAAAUGACAAUACUACAAAACUUAGGAGCGAAUCUCUAUAAUUGGUACUUUGGUAUUGUUUCAAAUAAAAAGAGAUACAGUAUUCAAAA